CUCGAGCGGUUCUCCUCCUCUCCCUCUCUCCCUCUCUCCCUCUCCUUUUCCCUCUUGGCCCCCUUCCCUCCUCCAUCCCUCCGCGGCGUCUGCGUCAGGCCCCUACUUGCGUGACGCGCGGGGUCUGGGUGGGAGCUGUCCACUCGCCCGGGGUGCUGAAUGCAGCGGCGGCGGCCGCGGCGGCGGCGGCGGCGGCGGGGGUAGCUGAGCGCCUUCUCCGCUGCAAGAACCUUGUUUCCCCUCCUCGGACGGUCAGCUCACCGCCCCGCCACCUCCCUUCCAGCACCACCCCUUUGGGACCCGAGCCAGGGGGGCAGCAGUCGCGGCGGCGGGUGCUGAGCAACGGCGGAAGACGAGACAACACCUGGCAGCAGCCUGGAAUCUGAUUUGCUUCCUCUCGCCUUUUAUAAGAGAUAGAUUCAUAUAUUCGGCGUUGAGGAGUCGCGAGGACCAAGCCGGAGCCAAGUGCUGGCUGUCUCCCACCUCGGCCACGCUGCUUCGUCCCCCUCCCCACCUGCAACUGGCACCGCAAACAAGCCUUACCUCGUUGCAUCUGCCGGGAGGUAGCAACAGCGAGCCCAACCAGCCGGAGGCAGCGGAGAGGAGGGAGGGGCGUGGGGGGGCAGAGAGCCGACCGAGGCCGCCCUUGGUGGGGGGAGCGGGGGCAGAGCUGCCGUGAGGCCCCGCAGCCGCCCUCCUCCACCCCACCCCUCCAGAAGCACUCUUUCCUGAUUAUUUGAGAACCGAAUCAUUAUUCUUCUUCCACUAGUUUUAUUUCAUUUUUUUUAUUGCCCCCCCCCCUCCCCGGCCGCCCCCACCCUACGCCUGCCUCGCCUCUGGUUGCAUGGCAGCGCGGCCCGGGCGCGGGGGCUCAGAGCCUGCCCCCAGGGAAGGAGGAGGAGGAGGAGGAGGAUCAUGAAGCCGGGAGUCGCGGCCGCGCCGGACGGCGAGCAGCAGCCAGAGGACGAGCCGGAGCAGCCCCCGCCCCGGGGACACCGGGACGCCGAGCAGCAGCCACUGCCGCCGCCACAGCAGCAUCGGCGGCCGCGGGCGGACUCGGAGCAGCAGGAGGAGGGCGACCACGGCCCAGGAGCGGAGGAGAAGGCGAGGCCGCUCACCCGCCCGCAUCUGCCCUUCCCCCGGCCUUUGCCCCCCGCCCCAAGGGACCUUUGAUGGAGCCAAGGCGAAGGGGCCGCGGAUUUGCCGACUGCCGCAGGGGUGGGCCGGGGGCUGAGACCAUGUAACGACUCCCUCCUCCCGCCUCUCCCCACACGCCCCGUCUCUCUACCCCCUCUGCCUCCCGGCCCCUGCACACACACCCUUCCUCUCGCCAGGAUCUUAAUGCUCAGGAAGGAAGCGGCUCUUCAAGGGUUAAAGGAUCUUUUCUUUUUCCCCUCCCUUUCUUUCCCCCUCCCCAGCCCAUUAUUUCCCUACUUCUAUUCCCCUAAUUGGCUUUUUCCUCUUCUGUGCAGCCUUUUGGCUGCAGAGGCAAAGCACAAGCCCCUCGCCCAAUUUCACCUGCAAUCCUCCCUCCCCCAUCCAACUGCUCUCUUAAAAGCAACUCUGGUGCUUCUGGGGAUUAAUUGCCCCAGUUUUCUGCCCAGGAGAAUUAAAACUUCUCCCAACCUCCUCUCCUCCCCACUGUAACCCCCCGCCCCCCCCCCCACCACAACCCAUCUCCUGCUACCUGAGGAAAACUCUCUUUUCUCUCUGCACAUGCAGUACCCAAUUUUUUACGGAGCUGUUUUGCCCUAAGCCAAGCUCAGUCCACUCCAAAUUCGACUUACAAUCUUCCCCACCCUUUUAUACAAAACACAAGAGAUUUUCCACUGCCUAGGAAUUUGAGAAGAACCCAAAAAUCUUCUCCUGGGAAACUUUCUGACAACUCGAUCUUGAUCUCAAGGCCCCAACAGCACCUCCCUCAACAUUUUUUUUUAUUCCCUUCUCCGACCAGUGUCCCCAAGUCAAAGGCAACAAGGAGACACCCUGAGCAAAGCUAAGGUUGGUGGGGGGUAAGGGGUAAGCAAGAAAACCUUUUUUGUUGUUGUUGUCGUCGGGCUUUCCAGGGAGAGUUUAGAGCCAGUGACUCACAGUUCUCAGUCUUGGGGGCAACUGAUUUGCUACUCUGAGGGGGUGUAAAGGGAGCCAGUGAGAAAGCAGAUCCCCCCCCCACAACACAGCUUUGCUGUGGACCCCCCUCAAAACCAUUCUACUAUCUUCCUCUGAAAAGACUCCAGCUGCCCCUCCUGGGCUCUCUGCUUCCACUGGGCACAUGCUGAUGCCCCUGAGUGGGCUGCUCUGGUGGUGGUGGUGGUGCUGCUGCUGUUGCUGCUGUGCCUGGUACCGCUGUGGAUUGUGUGCCCCGGCUCCCCAGAUGUUGCGCCACCAGGGUCUCCUCAAGUGCCGCUGCCGCAUGCUCUUCAAUGACCUGAAGGUUUUCCUACUGCGGCGCCCCCCUCCAGCGCCCCUGCCCAUGCACGGCGACCCCCAGCCCCCCAGUUUGGCCGCCAACAACAACACCCUUCCGGCUCUGGGUGCCGGGGGGUGGGCAGGCUGGAGGGGCCCUCGAGAAGGGGUGGGCAGGGAGACCACUCCUCUGCCACCUGCACCACCUUUGCCACCUUCUUCUGUGGAAGAUGACUGGGGUGGCCCAGCCACAGAGCCACCCACCUCGCUGCUCAGCAGUGCCUCCUCAGAUGACUUCUGUAAGGGGAAGGCUGAGGAUUGCUACUCACUGGGCAGCAGCCUGGACAGUGGCAUGAGGACCCCACUAUGCCGCAUCUGCUUCCAGGGGCCGGAACAGGGGGAGCUGCUGAGCCCAUGCCGCUGUGAUGGCUCGGUCAAGUGCACGCACCAGCCUUGCCUCAUCAAGUGGAUCAGCGAGCGGGGUUGCUGGAGCUGCGAGCUGUGCUACUACAAGUAUCACGUUAUCGCCAUAAGCACAAAAAACCCUCUGCAGUGGCAGGCCAUCUCUCUGACAGUCAUUGAGAAGGUUCAGAUUGCAGCCGCCAUCUUGGGUUCCCUCUUCCUCAUCGCCAGUAUCUCUUGGCUUAUCUGGUCAACCUUCAGCCCCUCAGCAAAAUGGCAGCGCCAAGACCUCCUCUUCCAGAUCUGCUAUGGGAUGUAUGGAUUCAUGGAUGUGGUGUGCAUAGGCCUCAUCGUGCACGAGGGACCCUCCGUGUACCGCAUCUUUAAGCGGUGGCAGGCCGUCAACCAGCAGUGGAAAGUGCUGAACUAUGACAAGACGAAAGACCUGGAGGAUCAAAAGUCGGGAGGCAGGACAAACCCCCGGACGUCCUCGUCCACCCAGGCCAACGCCCCGGCGUCAGGAGAGGAGGCCGUGGGCACCCCCGGCGCCGAGGAAGGCCCUGCCCGGGCGGCCAGCCACCCCCCAGGCCCCCUGUCCGACCACCACUGUGCUUACACCAUCCUGCACAUCUUGAGUCACCUACGGCCUCAUGAACAGCGGAGCCCCCAGGGCGGGAGCCGGGAGCUCGUCAUGAGGGUCACGACGGUGUGAGACGAGCCACCGGCAGCGAGGCCGUGACCGUGCACGGGGGGAGGCUGGGCCGGGAAGGGGCGCCGCCUGGGGUGCAGGUGUGGGGAGGCCAGCGGCCCCCGGGGGGCCCCGGCGUGGAGGGCAGGCGGGGGGUGGUGGGCCUGGAGGGGGCCUGGAGGGGGCCUGGAGGCAGGGUCAGAGCUGGAGCCAGCGAGGCCAGUGUCCAGAGCGGUUUCAGGAUUCUCAUCGGCGACCCCAAUCCUCGACGAGAGCGACCAACUCCGGUGCAAACUCGACAAGGAAGCGCAGCGCAGCCGGAACCUAACGAAUCGAAUUGGCGGGGAAAAACAUCCCAGAGGGGCCCAGCACCCAACACCCCCCGGGAGACGUGGGGGCACAAACAUCCUAGAGGGGCCCAGCACCCAGCACCCCCCGGGGAGACGUGGGGGACAAACAUCCCAGAGGGACCCAGCACCCAACACCCCCCGGGGAGACGUGGGAGACAAACAUCCCAGAGGGACCCAGCACCCAGCAUCCCCCAGGGAGAUGUGGGGGCACAAACAUCCCAGAGGGGCCCAGCACCCAACACCCCCCAGGGAGACGUGGGGGGCUCGGGGGUGGGUGAAGCCAGCCAGCUGGCGGUGGUGGUGCCGGCGUGUGCACGGGAGCUGGGAGGAGAAGUGCAAAGGGUGUGCGAAGGGAAAGCCCCGUGGCCUGCCUGGUUUCCCCUCCAGUUUGGGUUCAUUUCUCCUUGGGCUGUGGUGGGCAGUGGUGGGGAGGGAGAGGGAUGGGUAGGGGCCCGGCGAGGAUGACCGGCGGCACCUGCGUGGGCCCCCGGGCUCAUGGGGUGGGCAGGCUUCCUGGCUCGGGUGGCCUUAGGGACUCCGGGCUGCGUGCGGGGGGUGGGGGCGGUGUUGGAGCGAACCCCCAGACGCAGGGUGACUUCGGCUUCUUUUCAGAACUCCCAAUUUUGGAGGGGCUCCGAGGGGGCUUAGGUUUGGAGAUGGGUGUCUUUGUGUGCCCUUGUUACUUUAUUUUAUGGUGGUUUGGUUGGAAGAUGUUUACAAGAAACACACGCAACUGGAGAAAAGUACGGAUUUCGGGGGGUGGGUGUGUAUCCCAAGCAGGGCCGCGGGCUGCGGGGGGUGCAGCCUUCAGAGCUGUCCAUCCACGAGUGACCUCCCAGCACCCCAACCCUGCCCGAGGCCAGGCCGUGCUCAGUGUCAGGCCUUCUCCGGCUUUGGUGCAAGCAGAGACCCGAGGACCCCCCCACCCCAGGCUGAGCGCCUCCCACCCAAGGGUCUCCCGGGAGAGCUGCCGCAGCGGACAGACAGACAGACGGAGGCAGUGGCGGGGUGUCCCCCAGGGAGUGGAGCGAGACCAGUCUAAGUAUUGGGCAGUCAUCCCUCCGUGCUACACGCCCUGGUCCCUCCCGUGCAGCGAGGCAGGGCGCGGGGACCCUGGGGACCCUGGCAGGGAGGCCACGGCGGGUGGGCACCUGCAGAGUUUCUCAUUGUCAAUGCACAACGGCCGCGCCAUCCAUGGGUGUGAAAGGGACACUGUCAAGUACUUUUUUAAACUAGUUUUUAGGGUUUUUUAAAACUCUCUGUUGUUUGUAUUAUUCUCUUAAAAGCUUGAAAAUAAAAUUUCUUUCCCUAU